AUCCAGGCGAUAGAGAGAGCCCUAUAUAUGGCCUUGGUUUCAAGUAUUUUGUAUAGAGUCACGUGUAUGGGGGUUUAUUUUGACGAUUGUGCGUGUUUGGACACGUUUAUUCAAUUUUAAGCGUUAUUAUAUUCCUUUGCUACCGUUGCGCUGCUUCUUAUCAGGUAUAAGCUGAAGUAGGUUUUUCGACAGGUCUGCAUUGUUUGCAUUUGCUGUGCAAAAAUGGCUAAAAAGAGCGGAAAAACUUUGUCCAGUAAUCUCUUGGAGAUGAAGUUUAUGAAAAGAAGCAAAGAGAAUAGAGAGAAAGAGGAGGAACAAGAGGAGUACAGAGAAGUGUUUCAUUCAAAUAUUCCAGAUGAUCAAGGACGGCGAGUCACCUACCAGCCGGACAUCGCGCAGCUGGAUAACCUGGUGUACCCGCGCCGCUCCUACGGCGGACAGAACCCGGCCAUCGAGAAACUGAUGGCCGAGAAGGACGGUCAGACGGGCGGCGUGGCCGAUGAGUCCAUGGAGGCGGAUGUGACCGACGCUCAGAUGGCUGACCACUACUCCUCGGUGGUAGGCACCAUUGGGAAGAAGUUCCGCACCAAGCGGCAGCGGUCGCCGUCCCAGGAGCAGGCCGGCGAGCGGACCCCCAGCCGGCCCCCCGUGCUCAAGAAGGUCAAGCAGUUCCUGCGUCCUUCGGACGAGUGAGACGGGAGGGAUUAGGUCCAAAGGCUGUGAGACUAGCGCUCAACGGUCCGGCUAGCCUUGGGGUCGAACGAACGCCGGAUUAGUGUUGAGGGCCGCUGGCCAGUGCCGGAUGGGAAACGGUGGGAAAGUGUGGAAAGACUUGUUUGUGUUGCAGUUGUUGUGCGAGAUCCAGAAACUGUUUGGGAUGUCCUAGACAAUUUUUAUACAUUAUACGGGACAUCUUAGGACUUAGAUCAACCGAAUGCAUCAUUCGUAGCAAGUGUUUGUGACUGUCUGUGGGUGCUGGUGAUCUGAGUUGAGGGCUUUGCCAUUAGAUGGCAGCACUGCCACGCCGUCUUGCCGUAUAGUUGCGUGCCUGAUGACUGGAAGUCCGUUUUAUCACAAAAAUGUUACCAUUUUCGAUUAGGCUCGACAUCGAAAUACCGUUGAAUGCAUAUUUUUCAUUCAUUGUCAUUUCCUUAUUUAUUUGUAUUUAAAAUGACAUUAUUUGUCCCGUAUCACCCUAACUUAUCGCAGAACCAAUUAAUACUAAUAUACUAAGAUCGCCAGUCA